ACUAACCCUAAACUCUUCUCCUGCCACAGCCAAAAACCCUAGUUUCAGUGUUUGUCCAAACUCAAAACUCAACUCCAAUGGCGGCAGCAGCAGCUCGUCCCAUCGUCACCGUUCAAGCCCUUGAGGGCGACAUGGCCACCGACUCCGCCGCAACCGUACCACUUCCUGACGUCAUGAAGGCCUCCAUCCGCCCUGAUAUCGUCACCUUCGUCCACGACAACAUCUCGAAGAACUCUCGCCAGCCCUACGCCGUCUCCCGUCGUGCCGGUCACCAGACCUCCGCCGAGUCCUGGGGAACUGGCCGUGCCGUCUCGCGUAUCCCUCGUGUUCCUGGCGGUGGUACUCACCGUGCCGGUCAGGGAGCCUUCGGAAACAUGUGUCGUGGCGGCCGCAUGUUCGCUCCUACCAAGAUCUGGCGCCGCUGGCACCGCAAGAUCAACGUGAACCAGAAGAGGUUCGCCGUCGUGUCCGCCAUCGCCGCCUCCGCGGUCCCCUCCCUGGUCCUUGCCCGCGGUCACCGUAUCGAGUCCGUACCCGAGCUCCCUCUCGUCGUCAGCGACACCGUUGAAGGCGUCGAGAAAACGAAGGAGGCCCUCAAGGUUUUGAAGCAGAUCGGAGCAUUUCCCGACGCGGAGAAAGCCAAGGACAGCCACGGGAUCCGCCCUGGGAAAGGGAAGAUGAGGAACCGCCGCUAUAUUUCCCGCAAGGGACCUCUGAUCGUGUACGGAACCGAAGGCGCUAAGGCCGUUAAGGCUUUCAGGAACAUUCCCGGCGUGGAGGUCGCAAAUGUGGAGAGGCUGAACCUUCUGAAGCUCGCUCCCGGUGGCCACCUCGGCAGGUUCGUGAUUUGGACCAAGUCAGCGUUCGAGAAACUCGAUUCGAUCUAUGGAACCUUCGAGAAGGCAUCGGAGAAGAAGAACGGUUACGUUCUUCCAAGGUCAAAGAUGGUGAAUGCAGACCUGGCUAGGAUUAUUAACUCUGAUGAGGUUCAGUCUGUUGUGAGGCCCAUUAAGAAGGAGGUUAAGAGGGCCACUCUCAAGAAGAACCCUCUCAAGAACUUGAAUGUGAUGCUAAGGUUGAAUCCUUAUGCUAAGGCUGCUAAGAGAAUGGCGCUUCUCGCUGAGGCACAGCGUGUUAAGGCUAAGAAGGAGAAGCUCGACAAGAAGCGCAGUACUGUUUCCAAGGAGGAUGCUUCUGCUAUCAGAGCUGCUGGAAAGGCUUGGUACCAAACCAUGGUUUCUGACUCUGAUUAUGCCGAAUUUGACAACUUCUCCAAGUGGUUGGGAGUUUCACAGUGAACUUCAUCGACUCCUAUUUAGAUUUUUCAUUUGUUACUUUGCCUUGUUUUUGGAUUGUAUUUCUUUGCAGUUUUGAUAAAUCAAUUAUAUUGUUGGAGAACUUUGCAGAUUUUGUGGUUUUUGUUAGGUUCCCCGUCUCUAUUUUCAUCUGGAUAUUCUUACCUAUGAAAACAUGUUUGUCUUUACAAAUGCUAUAGUUUUAUUAUGGUGACUGUUACAACUUAGAA